AUGGGUGGUUGUGCGUCUAAACCGAAGGUUGCGAAAGAGGGUGAACAGCCUGAACCGGAACAGGAGUAUCAACUGUUCAACGAAGACAUUGUUGAAACCAAACAAGAACCGCCGUCACAGGAACAGCGUGGUGUUAAUGUUAAAAACGUUGACCAAGUUGUUGACGAUGAUCAAGCAAACACGCGACGGUCUCUUAGCUUGUUGUUCAACAAAGAGAAUGAAGAUGCACAGGUUACCACAGAAAAUGAAAAAACUAAAGAUGAGGAAACUGCGAAACAUGAAACAUUUGAAGACAAGAAAACUUUGGAGGAUGCUAAAAGCAUCGAGCCAACGGUGAAACACGAAUCUCCAAAGAAAGAGGAAAAGCUGUAUCAGGAGAGCAAGGUCAAUGAGCCAGCUGAAGAACAAGAACCUGCUAAAAGCAACGAGCCAACGGUGAAACACGAAUCUCCAAAGAGAGAGGAAAAGCUGUAUCAGGAGAGCAAGGUCAAUGAGCCAGCUGAAGAACCUGCUAAAAGCAACGAGCCAACGGUGAAACGCGAAUCUCCAAAGAAAGAGGAAAAGCUGUAUCAGGAGAGCAAGGUCAAUGAGCCAGCUGAAGAACAAGAACCUGCAGUGGUUGUUGAGGAAGUAUUUUCACUACAGAAUCAAAGCACUGAUCCAGCUAAAGAUAGUGUGAAGAGAGAAAUACCAGAAGUGGCUAAGAAAACUUCAGAAGAAACUAUAAUCAUUGAACCAGCAAAAGUAAUAGCGGUGGAACAAAAUCAAAAUACUAAUGCAGCUGAGAAUGAAGAUGCAAAGGUUUCCACAGAAAAUGAGAAAACCAAAGCUGAGGAAACUGUGAAACAAGAAACAUUUGAAGACAAGAAACUAUUGGAGGGUGCUAAAAUCAGCGAGCCAACAGUGAAACAAGAAUCUCCAAAAACUGUGGAAAAACUAUCACAGGAAACCAAAAGCAACGAGGCAGCUACAAAACAAGAACCUCUGGAGGUAGCUAGAAUCAUCGAGCCAACAGUGAAACAAGAAUCUCCAAAAACUGUGGAAAAACUAUCACAGGAAACCAAAAGCAACGAGGCAGCUACAAAACAAGAACCUCUGGAGGUUGCUAGAAUCAUCGAGCCAACAGUGAAACAAGAAUCUCCAAAAACUGUGGAAAAACUAUCACAGGAAACCAAAAGCAACGGGGCAGCUACAAAACAAGAACCUCUGGAGGUUGCUAGAAUCAUCGAGCCAACAGUGAAACAUGAAUCUCCAAAAACUGUGGAAAAACUAUCACAGGAAACCAAAAGCAACGAGGCAGCUACAAAACAAGAACCUCUGGAGGUUGCUAGAAUCAUCGAGCCAACAGUGAAACAAGAAUCUCCAAAAACUGUGGAAAAACUAUCACAGGAAACCAAAAGCAACGGGGCAGCUACAAAACAAGAACCUCUGGAGGUUGCUAGAAUCAUCGAGCCAACAGUGAAACAAGAAUCUCCAAAAACUGUGGAAAAACUAUCACAGGAAACCAAAAGCAACGGGGCAGCUACAAAACAAGAACCUCUGGAGGUUGCUAGAAUCAUCGAGCCAACAGUGAAACAUGAAUCUCCAAAAACUGUGGAAAAACUAUCACAGGAAACCAAAAGCAACGAGGCAGCUACAAAACAAGAACCUCUGGAGGUUGCUAGAAUCAUCGAGCCAACAGUGAAACAUGAAUCUCCAAAGACAGAACUAUCUCAGGAAACCAAAAUCAAUGAACCAGAUACAAAACAAGAAUCUGCAGUUGUUCCUAUUGAGGAAAAACCUACACUGCUAAACCAAAUCAUUGAUUCAGUAGCUGAUGUGAUUGGGAAGAAAGAAACGCCAGAAGAAGCUAAAAUUAAUGAACCAGAUACAAAACAAGAAUCUGCAGUUGUUGCUAUUGAGGAAAAACCUACACUGCUAAACCAAAUCAUUGAUUCAGUAGCUGAUGUGAUUGGGAAGAAAGAAACGCCAGAAGAAGCUAAAAUCAAUGAACCAGUGGUGCAAGAAAUAGCGGAGAAACAAAAUCAAAAUGAUGUUCCACCUAAGGUAACUGCGAUAAAGACAGAAACACCAAUCGCUGAGAAGGUUUCAGAGAAAACACAAAGCAAUAAUGAGUUGAAUGAACCAAUCAAACAAGAAAAAUCAUCUGAGACUAAUCCUAUUGAAGCUGAGGUAGUUUCUCCGCUUAAUGAGAAAGUAAUUGAAGUGCUUUUACCAAAUGAAGAACUUGGGGAAAACAAAGCAGUGGAAGGAGCCUCUAUCAUAGGAGAGAAAAGCUAUGUUGAUACUUUGGUGGAGCAUACGCCAAAGGCUUCUGAUGUUGGCAGCGAUAAAGUUUCACUCUCUUAA